CUCCCAUCAUGGCUGCGGCUCCUGUGUAGAACUGGAGCCGGGACAGGAGGGACCGCUCAGCCCUAGUUGCAGCCACAGGUGAGGGGGCGGGGAGUUCGUACAGUCUGCCAGCCCUGGUACGAGGAGCCGGGGCAGAUCUCCGUGUUUGGAGCUCUGCCGUCCCCCAUACCUCUGGACAAGCUCAUGGCGUCAGCGUCCUCGGUGCCUGUUGGGUUCCACUAUGAAACCAAAUAUGUUGUGCUCAAUUACUUGGGUUACCCAGUGCAGGAGGCUCCAAGGGAAGCGCCCUCUACAUCUGGAGCUGGCACCCGGGAUGCUCCAGUCACUACGGCAUUGGCCAAAGAAGAACUGGGUAAGCUUAAGUCCGAGAUAGAGGAGGCGCUGAGGAGUCUGGAGGAGGAAAUUUCUGCAGGUCAGUCCUUUCCUAGCACUGGGUUUGAUAUGCACACAUCACCAGUCUUCAGUCCCGCCAGCCCAGACAGCACCAUUGAGGAGUGUUUGGCUCAGCUUGCAGAGAGAAUGUGUCUUGAGAUCCCUGCUGCCCUGGACAAAGCCUCACAAAACCUCUUGAGUGGGAGCCUGACUUAUGAGUUAUUCAAGAAGGAAUCAGAUGACGCGGCUUUACAGACCACUGGCUGGAAUAAGGUACUGGUACCUCUUGUCCUCCUGCAGCGCCUCCUGUGGGAGCAGACAAGACGUGGCAAUUGUCAACUAGACAAUCUCGUACAACUUGGGGUCUCUUAUCUGGAGGACAUGUGCGCAGACUUCAUCAUCCAGCAAGGAGGAUGGGGCACAGCUUUCAGCCUGGAAACUGAGGAGGAAGAUGUUCCAGGCCUGAUUGCUGAAGACAGUAACGACAUCUACAUCCUAACUAGCGAUACCUUGGAACAGGUGAGUCCUCCUGAGAGCCUGGCCAUCUCAUCCUCCUGGCAAACUGAAAGCUUACCCACUUCCCUGGGUCCCGAGUCCUGGCAGCAGGUGGUUAUGGAUCCUGAGGAGCUAAAAAGCCUGGACAGCAACGGCGGAGGGGAGGAACGCAGCGAGAACAACUCCUCUAACUCUGACAUCGUCCACGUGGAGAAGGAGGAGAUUGCUGAAGUCAUAAAGGAGGCAGCGGUGGUGGAGGAGAGACUUGAACAGCAGCAGCAGCAAGAAUCGGAGGAGGAAGAGGAUGUUGAGGCUGAAGAAAGGGAAAUCUUGUUCAUCCCUUCUGCUGCACUGAGCACCCCAUCACCUCCAUCUCAAGUAGAAAAGGAGAGCCUCAUUCCCCAUGUAUCAGAGCCCCCAAAGGUGGACAUAGCCAUAAUGGAAGUUUCAGGAAUAGAGCCUCCAGCUCCCGCAGAGGAGUGGAAAGAAGGCGUCUCCGAUCCUUCACCAUUGGAGCCAAAAGAAAAGUUUGAAUCUCCCAUAUCCCCAUUGCUGCCUCAACAAACCGAAAUGGAGGAAGAAAAACCAGUUUUCUUUUCAGAAGGAAAAUCCAUCCUUCUAGUCGGAGGGGCAGCUGCUGUCGCCAUUUUGGCAGUAGCUGUGGCCACGGUAAUGGCACUGAGAAAAAAGUAAAAUUUAAACAGCAGAAGGUUGCUUCUCUCUCUCUAAGUCUGCCCGGUUCCCUCUUGUGCCACGUGUCGUUCAUACCCCAAUCAGUAAAAAUGACCGAAACCUAGAGGAGGAGAGGGUGUGAGAAGCUCCUGUGAUUUGGUGAGGGAGUCAGUGUUAUACUUCCCUGCUGCUGUUAUAAUUCACUGCACAGGCUUGACCAAGCUGUUAACUCUUCCUUUGCCAUCACUGCCAGGGCUGCCACCAGAAUGCCUCAUUGUGCUGCAUAAAUUGAGUAACAGUGACCAAGGCAUGUAUUGCUAGUGGCCGUUAAAAAUAUACCAAAUAUGGGUAGAAAUAUAUUGAACCUGUGGUUGUAGAAUGAUCCCCACUUUCCAUAGGAAGGCUGUAACUAAACCCGUAUCAGGGAAAGAUGUAACCUUUUAUUAUAUGGAUUUAACUUUUAGUUUUUUUUUUGCCAAGAUGAGUCUUGGUGGUGAAUAGAGGUGAGCUAUGCAAUGGCUAAUUCUCCAUCUUCGUCUGACACCCAGAAAGGUCUGAUGGCACAAUCCCACCUCUGAUCAAUCUCGCAUGACCCCCCCCCCCCCCUCCCCAACAUAGGAUAACGCUAAAGGGGCAGGAGACCUUUUCCUCUGCUAUGGACCCAAUCUUGCCACAGGCCAAACAAUGAUUUCUAUGUGUGGCCCUUUAAAAACAGGCCACAUGUAUAAAAGGCACAAGAUGCAUUUUAAAUACGCAGGUUUAGACGUAAGGCAGUUUAUUUUCUUUUUCGAGAACGAUCAAUUACCCCGCACCGAUUUAUUUUUGAUGAAAGGUAAAGAGAAGAAAAAAAAAAUCAAUUUCCCAAAACUUAAUUUGAUCAUUUCUUAUUUUUGCCCCCCGAGUGACGACAGUUCCACCUCUGAUUGUGGAGACAAGAUGGCGUCUCGCGGUCGGUGGUCACUCAGAUGUGGGAUGGGUGAGGGGUUGGGUUUCCUGCAUUGCAAAGAUAUAUAUUUUCUUUUUAACAAAUGGGGAAAAAAAACACUUAUUUUAUGGAGCAAUCGAGAAAUUGUAAAUUGUAGAGUAUUAAAAGAUGAAAAGAAAAACUUCCCA